AUGGUGGAUGCGUGUGAGUUGAUCAACACCCCUUCUCAGGGAUCCAAAUUUACCUGGACGAAUAAUAGACGUAUAGGUCAUGUGGCGGCAGUGCUCGAUAAAUGUUUCUUCAGUGCUAAUUGGUUGGAUGUCUUUGGUGAUUGUGGUCACCAGGUCCUCCAUCAGUCAGUGUCAGAUCAUGCCCCUGUUUUAAUCUCUUCAGCGGCAGCCCCUAAGCCUAGGAAUGCCCCUUUCCGUUUCCAUCGUUUUUGGAUGGAAGAGGGGUCUUGUGAGGAUCAUCUGAGGGAGGUGUGGUUCAGGGAAGUAUGGGGCGGCCCAAUUGGAAGGCUUGUCCAGAAAUUAAAGGCUGUGAAGGGCGUUCUUAAGGUGUGGGAGAGACAGACUUUUCCAAUUGCUAAUUUGGCCCUAAAGGAAGCUACUGAUGAUGUGGUGGAGGUGCAGUGA